CUGUAACAUACUCAUUGCAAGAAGAAGAAGUACAAGAAAGAAAGCAUUAUCCGCAGCGUGGGCGUUUCUUGUUGUUUAUCGAUCCCGUCCCCCGCCUUCGAGUCCCCCGCCGAACUUAUCGAUCUGAUGUCGCUCCGCGUUCAGGAUCCACGGAUACGAUCACGGUCCAAGUCUCCCAGUGGUCGCUCUGUGCGGGAGCGUUCCAGGUCCCGCGACAGUCGCGCUCCCUCUCCUGCGCCAGGGAAAGAUGCGCGCAGGUCGUAUCAGUACGACUCCGAUGAGGAGACGCCGAGGUACGUAUCAGGUCAACAGAAAGUGAGGAGCAACGGACGCUCCGAUGUCGAGCGAGAGAAGUCGCGCCAGACAGAGAGGGACCGCUACUAUCACUCAGAUUCGGACGGUGAUAGCGGACAUCAUGGAUCCAAUGGUCGAUCGGGGCGGUCUCGUUAUGACCCUGACUCCGACGACGGGGACAGGAAUUACUAUCUCUCCCAUGGGAAUAGGCCAUCUUCUCGAUAUGAGAGCUAUGAUGAUGCAUCACUGCUCGAUUCAGACGACGAAGCACUUGUCUACGGCGAUGUACCGGCGUCCAUAGCUGGAAAGAACUACAAACUGCCUUCUGCGCCUCAACCUCCUUCUCGAGACGAUUACUUGAACACUACGAGGAGAGACCAUGAUCGCCCGUCACGCUCAUCAUCCCGCGUGCGGUCGCGGGCAAAUUCUCACGCUUCAGAUCAGGCUCCUGGCGUGCAUCCUAGCUAUGCCAGACCGGAGCGUUGGAGUUAUGCGCAACCAACCCAGUAUUCCCAUACACAACCAGCAAGCUUGAGUGAUCAGCGACAUCCCAGCUACAGCAAUUCCCAAGCUCCAACCAUCCCAGCUGACUGGGCGCCUAUACCAGAGUGUGAACUUCCCGGCUUCGUACCACCAGUUUCUCAUGUCCACUCUCAGAGUAUUCCUGGAGGAUUCCCUAGCACUCUGUCAAGUCCGAGUAUAUACGUUCAACCAGAUCCAAAGUUUCCGUCGCACGGAGCGUCGCCGCCAGUAUCUCCACGGCCGCAAUAUGCCAACCUCCCACCCCAGCAGUACGUGCAAGGGCCUUCGACUGCAACCACCGUGCCUCCGGCAGACACACAUCACACUACGUCGGUCCCGCAACUACGAUAUGCAAACCCGGGGCAAUUCCAGUAUGCGCAACCUGAUCCAAACAUCAAAUACGCAUCGAAGUCAAACAAGGUGUCAUACACCCAGAGCGACAGCAAUCAAUUCGUCAAGCCUUACACGCAGAGCGCAGAUCCGCAAUUCGUUGAGAUCAAGCCAGGCGGAGGCAGGGCUGACACUUCUUCUUCUCAGCGCCAUCGUCCUCACAGCCUAUCUGUAUCCUCUGCGAAUAACCUAUCCGUCACUGGGGCCCAUACUGGACGCCCACCAGCCAGUCCGCUGCUAGAAGCGUACAAAGGAACGUAUCAGUCCAUCUCACCGAUGCCGUCUCCGAUCAUGAUGGCUCCGCGGCUAGAUGACGAUUUCUCCGACAUCGAGGCUCUGGAUGGAACUACCGAUUCUGAGCGGCGGAAAAAGCACAAGAGGAAGUCUUCCAGAGAUGACCGACAUGAUAAGGAUAAAAAGAAAGAGAAAGAGAAGGAGAGGGAAAAAGAGAAAGAGAAAGAGAAAGACCGCAAGCGAAGACACGAGAGGCAUAACUCCUCCAACGAAGAUGUGAUCCUGAUUUCGCCCACGAGCACUCGCAAAAAGGUCUCUUUCUACGAUCCGACAGAACAUGCUCUCGCCCUGCGGGAGACCCUUGCUCAUCGCAACAUCGACUCGAAACCGCUUCUAGACAUUCUCCCACACCUGACGAGCGAUGAAAUCCUUCUCCUUCGUGCAGAGUACAAGAACCACGCCAAGUUACACGGCAAAGGCAUCAACAUCGCAAAACACAUCAAGCUCAAGCUGGGAAACAGCACCUUCGGCAAAGUCUGCUACGCCACGGCCCUAGGACGCUGGGAAUCCGAAGCCCACUGGGCCAACUACUACUACCAGGCUGGCACCUCACGUCGUGAACUACUGAUUGAAUCGCUCAUCGGUCGAACUAAUUCUGAAAUCCGCGAAAUUAAAACCUGCUUCCGCGACAGCAGGUACGGCAACAGUCUUGAAAAAUGCAUGCACGCCGAACUGAAAGCGGAUAAGUUCCGCACCGCCAUCCUUCUCGCCCUCGAGGAACGUCGUCAGAGCGACCAUGAACCGCUGGAUCGCAGACUCGUCGAGCGAGAUGUGCAGGAGUUGCGUCGUGCCGUCAUAUCCCGCGAGGGCGGUGAAACUGCAAUGAUCUACAUCAUCGUCCUGCGCAGCGAUAACCAUCUACGUGAAGUUCUUCGUAUCUAUGAUGCGCAUUACCAGCAGAACUUCACUCGAGCUCUGAUUGCAAAGUCGCAGAACCUCGUCGGCGAAACACUCGCUCACAUCCUCAACGGCGCCAUGAACCGCCCUAUGCGCGACGCCCUCCUUCUUCAUCAAGCGAUCAGUGAAUCGCGCUCUGGGCGCGAACGAUCCGAACUGCUCAUCUCCCGCCUCGUCCGUCUACAUUGGGAACCAAGACACCUGGAGCGCGUAAAGCAUGAGUACCGAAAGCGGUACGGACAGCGAUUGGAAGAGUCAAUUGCGGAAGAAGUUGGCAGUAGCGAUUGGGGCGAGUUCUGUAUCGAAUUAGCCAAUAGUUCGACGGAUUUGACUGUGAGGUCUUGAAACGAAUGAUGAAAAAGAGGAACGAGUGUAUCCUAAAUGUUUUUGAUGUGAUUUGCUAUGUUCACGGUUUCUGCUUGCACAAGGGUUCAUGAAUGGAAGCAUAUGAGUGUACAGACCUUAUUUUCCACUUCAAUACC